GGAUUAUCUUUCUGUUCUUCCAUUACACUGCCACAUUCCCCAGGAAAAAAGAUGUGUUGUAAUUUUUGAAAGACGGUGAGGUCAGAGACCAUGGUUGUCUUGUGUAUGGGCACCUGAUAACUCAAGUAUUUUUGAAAGAAAAAAUGGGAAAAUACCUAGAUGUCGCCACUUUAUAAAUCUUAUAAGAAGAUUUAUGACUGUGGAAGAAGAGAGUAGAAUGAUAUUCCCUAUUAUAAGGAGCUUGCCUGCUUCAGUGAAGCGUGGACUGAGGUAUUAAAUAAGGGCUAGACUUCAUUGUGUUUAAGAGCCUCAGAACAAAGGAAUGGACGUUAGAGCUUUCGUUGUUGUUACAUUGUAUUCUUGGCCUUUAGUGUGUAUUUAUUAUGUAAUUUUAAGGAAAUUUGCCCACUAAUAACAUUUUGUUUCUAGUUAAGGUUAAAUUUUGUAUAUGUAUUGUCAUUGUUUUAGUCCUUUGUUAAGAGGCUUGUAGGGGAACCUUUUUCGUCCUGCUGUUGAAGCGUCUGAGUCUUCGGAAGAUAAAUGUCAGUUUACUUACCCACUGCUUGGAAGUGGAUUUUGAGCCUUGAUAUGAGAUCUUCUGACCAAGAAAGAAAUAAUAAUAUAACCAACAUUUAUCCAUUAACAGUUUUUAUGGGUUAUUAGUAAAGAAAAGGAUAGAUUAAAACCGAAAAAGAAAGAAAAGAAAGACCCCAGUGCACUCAAGGAGAGAGAAGUCCCCCAACACCCUUCCUGCUUAUUCUUCCAAUAUAACACACAGCUGGGCCCACCUUACCACAUCCUGGUCGAUACCAACUUUAUCAACUUUUCCAUUAAAGCCAAACUGGACUUAGUGCAGUCAAUGAUGGACUGUCUGUAUGCCAAGUGUAUCCCUUGUAUAACUGAUUGCGUAAUGGCAGAAAUUGAGAAAUUGGGGCAGAAGUAUCGAGUGGCUCUAAGGAUUGCCAAGGAUCCAAGAUUUGAACGAUUACCAUGCACACACAAAGGAACCUAUGCAGAUGACUGUUUAGUACAAAGAGUAACUCAGCACAAGUGUUACAUUGUGGCCACAGUUGACAGGGACCUUAAACGAAGAAUCCGGAAGAUCCCUGGAGUUCCCAUCAUGUACAUUUCUAACCAUAGUCCUCAGACUGUUACUGGUCAGCUUUUCAUCCUGGGACAAAUACAACAGAAUGAGAAUAUGGGUGAGAGGCUUGGACUUACCUGGACUCAGUGCCUGGCUCCCCAGCUUGUUAACUUUCUCACUUUGGAGAAUCAAGAUAACAUAGUCAGCAUUUUUCUGUAUAUCAUUCAUUAUGAUAGGCCUUUAAAAUGUUCCCACUGACAGAAAGGAUUCACAAGAGGUACAACAUUGAGAGGAUGCCAGAUGAUUAUGGAGCCCCUCGGUUCUAAUUAUUAAAAGACAAAGUUCCUCUACCCUCCUUCAACCAACUUUCUCUUUUGCCAGUUCAUUAAACAUGCUGUAG